GGCGGGAGUGCCGCUGGAUCGCCGCUACUCGCACAGCCUGUACCACGACGGCGGCGCCGAGGCGCAAACCGGGACGGGAUCCAUGGAAAAUCUGGGAUUUGGGGCGCAGUUCCCGCCCCACGAGGCGCAGCCGCCGUUCCGUGCGCCCGAAUCCUUUGGGGUCGCUCAUCCCGAGCCCUUCAUUCCCGAAAUUCCUCAGGCCGUGCCCGACAGCCAAGCGCGGCUCAGCGUGGGCAGCGUCUACAGGCCCAGCUUUGGGGCCAGAGGUCUCCCGGACCUGGUCCCGGACCCCAACUACGUCCAGGCGUCCACGUACGUGCAGAGAGCUCACCUGUACUCGCUGCGCUGCGCCGCCGAGGAGCGCUGCCUGGCCAGCACGGCGUACGCGGCCGAGGCCACCGACUACGACGUGCGGGUGCUGCUGCGCUUCCCGCAGCGCGUCAAGAACCAGGGCACGGCCGAUUUCCUGCCCAGCCAGCCCCGCCACCGAUGGCAGUGGCACAGCUGCCACCAGCACUACCACAGCAUGGCGGAGUUCAGCCACUAUGACCUGCUGGAUGUCACCUCGGGCCGCCGGGUGGCCGAGGGACACAAGGCCAGCUUCUGCCUGGAGGACACCACCUGCGACUUCGGCCACCUCAAGCGCUACGCCUGCACCGCCCACACACAGGGGCUCAGCCCAGGCUGUUACGACACCUACAACGCCGACAUCGACUGCCAGUGGAUCGACAUCACCGACGUCCCCCCAGGGAACUACAUCCUCAAGGUCCAGGUCAAUCCCAAAUAUUUGGUGCUGGAGUCGGAUUUCACCAACAACGUCGUGCGCUGCCACAUCCACUACACCGGGCGCUUCGUGUCCGCCUCCAACUGCCGCAUCGCCCAAUCCUGACGGCAGCGGAACCCCAGGAGUGUCACCCGUCCCCUUUCCUGGGAAGUCCUCGAGGUGGCUCCGCUGCGUUCCCAAAGUUUCCC